AAAUACGUACACACGUUACAUUCUAUAUCGAUGUUAAUUUAUUAUUCUCACAGCCCAGCAACUUCCCUCAGAAAGACGACACACAUGCUAAGCUAGCAUCAGGCAAGCAAAGACCCCAUCAUCCUUACCUCAAUUUUCUGGCUCUUUAUGAUAUAAUGUUUUUCUAGAAGAGGUUGGUGUAAAUGCAGCAGCUUGGUAUAACUUAACCUACUUAUCUUUAAUCUGAUGGGGAAGAAGGGAGGUAGUUCAUGGUUGACUGCUGUGAAAAGGGCGUUCAGAUCUCCAACUAAAGAAAGUGACAAGAGGGCUUCUGGAGCUGGCCAUGAACAAGACGAAGAUGAAGAAAAGAAGAGAGGGAAGAGAAGAUGGUUAUUUAGGAAACCUCCGAAUCAAGAAACAGCGACACAAGAGAACCUGUCAAAGGCAGGAAAUGUUAGGGCAUCCCCAGGUGGUGGUGGGGGUGCUCCAACAGACCAUGUGUCGGCAGCUGAGCAAAGGCAUGCAAUUCCAGUAGCAGUUGCUACUGAAGCUGCUGUAGCCACUGCCCAGGCGGCGGAGGUGGCUUGGCUCACUAGGCCUUCAUAUCAUCCUAGAGAACAUUAUGCUGCCAUUGUCAUUCAAACAGCUUUUAGAGGAUACCUGGCAAGGCGGGCUCUUCGUGCACUUAAAGGGCUGGUGAAGUUGCAAGCUUUAGUAAGGGGACACAAAGUGAGAAAACGGGCCAAGAUGACCCUGCGAUGCAUGCAAGCUCUGGCUCGAGUGCAGGCUCGGGUGCUUGAUCAACGCGUGAGACUUUCACAUGAAGGCAGCAGGAAAUCUGCAUUUAGUGACACCAAUAGCGUGCUUGAAUCGCGAUAUCUUCAAGACAUUUCAGAUAGAAAAUCCAUGUCAAGAGAAAGCAGUAGCAUUGCAGAUGAUUGGGAUGAUCGGCCACGCACAAUUGAGGAAGUCAAGGCCAUGUUGCAACGCAGGAAAGAAGCUGCGUUCAAGCGUGAAAAGACCUUAUCUCAAGCUUUCUCUCAGCAGAUAUGGAGAAAUGGCAGGAACCCAUCAAAUGGCAAUGAAGAUGAGCUCAAAGAAAGACCACAAUGGCUUGAUCAAUGGAUGCCUGCAAAGCCAUGGGAUAAUAGAAGCAGAGCAAGAGCUUCAACUGAUCAAAGAGACCCCAUCAAAACUGUAGAAAUUGACACCUCGCAACCUUAUUCAUAUUUAGUUCCUAAUUUUAGAAGAACAAACCAAAACCAACAUCACCAACACCAGAGAUCCAAUUCAUCAAACAAUGGUGCGACACACUCUGCUCCUUCUCCACUCCAUAGAGCUCAUCAAACUGUUCCACUCCACCACUCUCCUAUCACACCCUCCCCAUCAAAAACUAGGCCUCUUCAGGUUCGUUCAGCUAGUCCACGAUGUGCAAGAGAAGAUAGAAGUUGUAAUUCCUCUCAAACACCAAGUUUAAGGUCCAAUUAUUUUUACAAUGGAAGUUUGAAUCAACAUGGAAUCAGGGGUGGUGCUAGUGUUAGUAGUAAUGGUAAUGCUACAUUGCCAAAUUACAUGGCUGCAACCGAGUCUGCCAAGGCUAGAUUGAGAUCACAGAGUGCACCAAGGCAAAGACCAUCAACACCAGAACGAGACCGGGCUGGGUCUGCAAGAAAACGGCUUUCGUAUCCAGCCCCCGACCCUUGUGAUGUCGGUAUAGUUUACGGCGGUGCUGGUUACGGGCAUGGUCUAAGGAGUCCAAGCUUCAAGAGCGUGUGCGGUUCACGUUUAGGUGGACUAGAACAACAGUCUAACUAUUCUUCUUGCUGUACGGAUAGCUUUGGUGGUGAGCUUUCCCCUUCUUCAACUAACGAUCUUAGGAGGUGGUUGAGAUGAUUUAAUAAUGCAGUUGGUGGGCUAGCUUACUGUGAACAUGUUCAAGUUUUUUGUCAUCAGAAGUGGUUGGGAUAUAAUGGAGUAACUGACCAGAAGAGUAAAGAUAUGUCGAGUUUUGGAUAGGUGGUUGGGACUUGGAUGUUCAUUGUAUUGUGUGUUCUUCUCUCUCUCUUUUUUUUUUUUAUAUUAUUUGUUUGAGGUGAU